AUGGCCAAACAUCCAGUUAUUGGCCUACUCGGCGGCGGCCAGCUCGGUCGCAUGCUGCAGGAAGCGGCCUCACCACUCAACGUCGAACUCGCCAUUCUCGACGCCGCCGGCUCGCCCGCGAAGCAAAUUUGUGAAAACGCCAAGCAUGUCGCCGGCUCUUUCAACGACCCGGCUAAGAUCCGCGAGCUCGCCACGCGGGUCGACGUACUCACCGUCGAGAUUGAGCAUGUCAACGCCGACGUGCUCGAGGAGAUAGCUACAAAGGGCGUCUCGGUCGGCGCAGGGCGGCCGCUGAAAAAGGUGCCCUGCCACCCGUCGUGGGAGACGAUUCGGCUGAUUCAGGAUAAAUAUUUGCAAAAAGAGCACUUUUUGCGCGAGGGCAUCCCCGUGGCACCGCAGAUGGCUGUCGAGGGCGACUCGCUCACGAUAGACGCGCUGCAGGCCGUCGGUGACAAGUAUGGCUUCCCAUUCAUGCUCAAGGCGCGCAAGGGCUCCUACGACGGGCGCGGCAACUUUCAGGUGCGCGGGCCGGCCGACUUUGACGAGGCCAUCCGCUCCAUGGGCAAGCUGUCCCUUUACGCGGAAAAGUUCCAGCCUUUCGUGAAGGAGCUUUCCGUUAUGGUGGUGCGGACCGAGGACGACGACGGGAAUCUGCGUGAUGUGCACCCGUAUCCGGCCGUCGAGACGGUGCACGAGGACAGCAUCUGCACCAAGGUGUUUUUGCCGCCGCGCGGGGUGCAGGCGGAGGCGUGCGAGCAAGCGUGCAAAGUCGCGAGCAACGUGAUUCGCACGCUCAAGGGGCGUGGUGUCUAUGCAGUGGAAAUGUUUGUCCUCAAGGAUGGCGGCAUUGUGGUCAAUGAAGUAGCCCCCAGACCGCACAACUCGGGCCACCUCUUCACCGAGGCCGUCCCCUACAUGUCGCAAUUUAAAGCGCAGCUGUGCGCCAUUCUCGACAUCUUCCCCGGCAAGGUAACGCUGCAGCCGCGCGUCGAGUCAGCCAUUAUGCUCAAUAUUCUGGGCGGCGCCGAGGCGGAGUCUCACGACAAGCUAGUGGACAUUGCCAGCCGCAGCUACGACACGAACAUGGACGUAUACAUUCACCUGUACGGCAAGGCGUCGAAACCCGGCCGCAAGAUUGGCCACAUUACCGUAACGUCGCCGGCGGCCAAUAUUGCCAGCCUGGAGCAGCUGGCCGGCUCGCUGACCAAGGAGGUGGACAGCGUGCGCGAGGGCCGCAUCGCGAGCGCGGCGGUACAGCUGCGUCCAUCCGACGCUCCCUCUCCUACAUCGGCCCCCUCCAAGCCCGCGUCCUCGCGCAGCCGAAGCAACCCGCUCGUGGUCGUAACCAUGGGGUCGGACUCGGACCUGCCCGUGCUCAAGGGCGCGUUUGAGGUGCUGGAAAAGUUUGGGGUGCCUUACGACUACACCAUCACGUCGGCACACCGGACGCCGCAGCGCAUGGUCGAGCUAGGCCAGGCAGCGGCGGCGCGGGGCGUGCGUGUGCUAAUUGCGGCGGCGGGCGGCGCGGCGCACCUACCCGGCAUGCUCGCCUCGGAGACGGUGCUACCGGUAAUUGGCGUGCCGGUCAAGGCGACGCAUCUCGACGGUCAGGACUCGCUGCUCAGCAUCGUGCAGAUGCCGCGGGGCUGCCCCGUAGCAACGGUUGGCAUCAAUAAUUCGACCAACGCGGGCCUGCUGGCGGUCAAGAUUCUCGGGUGCAGCGAUGCAGGGUACAGCGCAGCCAUGGGACGUUACAUGAAGAAUAUGAGCGACGAGGUUGAGGUGAAAGCUGGGAAGCUCGAGGAAAUUGGGUGGGAGGCGUAUCUGGCGAAGAAAUGA